AUGGGAUCGAAUCAAUCAAGAUCAAAUUAUCGUAUUGAACUCCAUUCACAAAUAUUCUUUUCAGGUCUUCCAAAUAUUUUUAUUACUAUUAAUCCGUGUGAUUUGCAUCAUCCACUUGCGAUGAAAUUUGCUGGUGUAGAUCUUAAUGUUGAUGAUUUACCACUAAAUCAAAUGCCAAAAUCGCACGAACGUGUUGCAAUUGUAGUUCGUCAUCCUAUUACUAUUGCACGGUUUUUUAAUAGACUUAUUUCAACAGUAUUAUCUACUUUAGUUGGCUAUAAUAUUAAUAAAUAUGAAUCACAUCCAGAUGCUCAGGUCGAACGUUACGGAGUUCGUAAACGAUCUGUAUUAGGUAAAAUUGAUGCUUAUUAUGGUACCAUUGAAGAAUCUGGUCGAGGUGCAUUACAUCUUCAUAUGCUACUUUGGCUUGCUGAUAAUAAACAUCCACAUGAAUUACGAGCUUCAAUAACAAAUGAGAUUUGUGAAAUUAUAUAUAAUAUGUCUUGCCGUUUACAAUAUCCAAAAGAAUUACAUGAUACCACAACAAUUAAUACAGAAACUGGAGAAAUUCUAAUGAGAUGUGCUCAUCCAAUGAUGAACAAUUUUAAUGAAUGGUUUUUACUUGCUUGUAGAUGUAAUAUGGAUAUCAAAUUUAUCUGGUCCGGUGCUGAUACAAAAGUCCUUAUCUAUUAUAUCAGUGAUUAUAUCACUAAAAAAAAUUUAUCUUUUCAUGAUACAAAUUCAUUAAUUUAUCAAGCGGUAGAAAAAUUCGAAAAAAACAAAAAUAAUAUUAGUUAUACAGAUGCAUUAGAUAAAUCACGUCGGCUCAUAUUAAGAUGUUUUAAUAAACUGGCAUCGCAACAAGAAAUCUCAUCUGUUCAGGUAGCAUCCUAUUUAAUGGAAUGGUCUGAUCACUACACAUCACAUACAUUUGUAAAUAUUUAUGUAAUUGGUAUCGAACGUUAUUCAGAACAAUCACUUUCAAAGGUAAUUUUAAAAAAAGCAAUAAAUUAUACUAAUAAUAAUUCAUCUGUAAUUAAUAAUAUAUCGUCGGAUAUACUUGAAUCAGUAAAUGAAAUAGAUGAAGUCGGAGAUGAUGAACAUCUAGUACUUUGCAAUAAACGAAUAGAUUAUGAAUUACGACCAAAUGAACUAAGUCAUAUUUGUCUAUAUGAAUUUUAUUCUGAUUAUCGAAAAGCAAAACUAACGUCAUCUGAUAAAGCUUUAUUUGAAUCUGAUUCUACAUUAACAUCACUACCACGACGUGGUGGACGUCCAAAUGAUCGAUGGUUAUUUCAACAAGAACAUCCACAAUAUUCUUCACAUCUAGUAAUACGUCGCUCUUUCCGCGUUGCUCCUGUUUUACUCGGUCCAAGUAUUCCUCGUUAUGAACGUGAAGACACUAAAGAACGUUACGCAAGAGCUAUUUUGACGUUAUUCUAUCCAUGGAGAAAAAAUUCGCAUUUUUAUUCCUACAAUGGAUGUAUGUAA